UUCUCACCAUCCACGUUCACCAUUUAUAUAAACAACAUGGACAUCCAAGAACGAAAUAUCAGGAGCUGUGGAGAGAAUAUAGUAGACAUGGUUGACAUGGACGAGGAAAACUUUGCUAUUUCCAGUUCCUCAGCGGCAGACACAGCUUUCGAUGCAGUUAUUGGCUGCAUAGAGGACAUCAUUAUGGAGGAGGAGUUCCAGCAGCUUCAGCAGAGCUUCAUGGAGAAACACUACAUGGAAUUUGACGACUCUGACGAGAACAAACUGAGCUACACGGCCAUUUUCAAUGAAUAUGUUGACCUGCUGGAAAAACAUCUGGAGCAGCAGCUAAUGAGGAGGAUCCCUGGUUUCACCAUGAACACCUUCAUAGAGCUGCUCAUGCAGCACAAAGAGGAGGUGCCGGGUGACAUCUUCGACAUGCUGCUGACAUUCACUGACUUCAUGGCCUUCAAGGAAAUGUUUGUUGAAUACAGAGCUGAGAAAGAGGGCCGAGGUCUGGAUCUAAGCCAGGGACUGGUGGUCACCUCUCUGAUUCCCUCUCUGAUCCCCACAGACUCCAAACGCACCACUGAGUCGUAGUGACACUCACAUGAUUGAAAGGUCCAACUCUUGAAUUGCCUCUUUCUCCAUGUGUUUGUGUAAAAUCUUGCCCACAGGCCUGCAGAAACUUCAGCUUGAGGCCAGUGUGAGUUUUUUUACUCUGCUGGUUGCACACCAUGUAGAUCUAUAGUCUAUAUACAUUCUUCUGUAUGUAGUGGGUAGUUAAACAAUGAAGACGGAUGGUUUUGCCUUCUUUCUACUCUCCAAACAUUGCAGUAGGCAUAAAAUACUUGAAAUAUUCACAUUUAUAAACCUGGAAUUUGCAGGUGAGAGAGGCCUAAUGUUUACAUAACAUUCAUCCUCUUAUUCAAGUGUAAUUUCAUUACAAUUAAGCUUUUAUUCUUUCUGCCUGGUUGGGGAGUAGGAACCCAAACACUGGUGCUGGUACAAGACUAAUGUUUGUGUUUCCCACUGAUACACAUAUGUAUGUAAUGUGCAUUUCAGAUUCCUCAGUAAGCAGUGGAGGAAAAUCACUGGAAAUGAUUGAAUAUAUGAUUGUGCUCUUUCUCGUUUUUAUCACAAGAAAGGAAAAGAGCAGAACUGAAGUAUUUGUUUGACAUUACACCUGAAGUUUUAAAUUAUUUGGUCAGUUUGAAAACUCAUUAGAGUUUUGUGCCUGUGAAAGUGAAUUUUAAUGUGUGUGUAUGUGUGUAUAUAGUGAUUGUGUGUGUGUGUGUGUGUGUGUGUGUGUGUG